AUGAAGAAGGUUUUGUACUUUUACGAUGAGGAGGUGGGCAAUUUCUUUUACGGGCCUGGCCACCCAAUGAAGCCGCACCGAGUUCGAAUGACUCAUGACCUUUUGCGUUCUUAUGGCCUUCUGGACUCUCUUGAACUCAUGCUGCCGCCGCACCCCACAGUCGAGGCUUUGACGCGCUUCCACGCAGAUGAUUACAUUUCUUUUCUCCGCUCCACUGGAGAAGUCUUCGGGCCCCCUGCUGCUGCGCUGCUCGCCCCCCAGCCAGAGCCCCCAGCAACAGCAGCAGCAGCAGCAGCA